AUUUUUAGCAUUGGCAAGUGUAAAAAAUGGCUCAUUUUUUGUAUGAUUCUGUUGUGCGCGAUAGUGUCUGACAAAAAUGAAUUAUUCUUAAUUAUUCACACUUUUGUAGCAAGGCUUAUCCGGCGUCUACCCCGACGUAACACUUUGCAAAAUCGGAGAAAUAAGAGGAACACUUCAUUUAUAUUUUAGCUAGACAAAGGAUGCAAAUCUGGACAUGUGCUUCACUGGCUCGAAGUUCAUACCGAAUGGCCACACAAUAUAGGUACCAUGUGUUAGUAAUGCUGUUAUUAGGCUGUACAGUGCUGGUACAUUACAGCUAUGACGUGAGGUACUUACUAUCACUGCGCCUAGAGAAGGAAUAUGAAGGAGGUAUACAGAAUGAUACUCUCAGAACUAGUCAGCUUACCUUAGCUCCAAACACAACCAGUCCCCUAAUGUCAGCCCCAGGCGAGGAGGUGCUGACUCCAUCUGGGCCAAUGUUUCAACGCAUCAACCAGAACGACGCCUGGGUUUACUCCGCCUUCUUUGACACAUACAAAGACAAGAAUCUGAUCCGUGUUUUUGGAAUGCAACCUCACGCGUUACAGAAUUCAGUCUUUUGUCAUCUGGGUUUUAAGCACGAGAAUUACACGAUGGAAGGGAAGAGGACGCUGUUACUAGAUACUCAUGGCUACAGACUCCGGGUUGUGAGCUAUGAAUGUGAGUUGGCAGACGACAGGCGUCCAGAUUAUGUCUCUAUAACUUGGAAUACAAGUGAUUCACCCACCAAUAGCCUAGGAGUUCUAUAUCCAUCGUCACUAAAGAGAAAUUUCACAGUCUGUUAUGCUAUUUUGUACAACUUUACUAAUUACAAACAAAUUAUACAGAGUGUCGAGUUUGAUCGAAUACUUGGAGCUGAGCACUUCUUUGUAUACAACAUGAGCAUUUCAAAUACCACAGACGCUCUGUUGAGACAUUAUCAGAGACGAGGCUUGCUGACAGUCAUGCAAUGGCCGCUUCCCAUCUCAGAAAUACACUAUCAAGGUCAGGUAUUAGCUAUCAACGACUGCGUCUAUCGUAAUAAGGGUGUCUCUAAAUACGUAGCUAUCCAUGAUACGGAUGAGAUUAUCAUCCCAAACAAUCAUGACAACUGGGGAGAUCUGAUAGAUCAGGUCAACAAAGAUUACGACCAGCAGAAACAAAGCCCACAGAGUCACGAGAAGCUAGGGACUUAUAUAGUGGAGAGCACGUUCUUCCAGGAUAGACCGAACGCCUCGGUCUGGUCAGCAAUCAAACAAAACUAUUCGAUCUCUGACCAAGUGGAGCGGUUGUUUGAGAACUAUUCACUCACAGUGUUUACAGAUCUUGUACGUUUACAAAAUGCAUUUGUAGGUGGUAGACAGAAAUCAAUAGUCAGACCCGAGAUGGUCUUGUUUCCUGAUGUCCAUACCACCAUCACACAUCGACCAUCGGCCACUGAUGUUACGGUGCGUCAAAGUUUGGCUUUAGUCCACCACCAAAGGAAGUAUUCGUCGUCAUCGCCCACCGAUAUAGUAGAAACGACAUCCUUAAGAUUUAAAGACAAAAUGUUACCACUAGUUAAUGAAACAUAUUCCAUGUUUUUCACGUGAUCCUGUUCUGUGUGUCAAAUUUUGUUUAUAACAUGCAAAUAUUUUAUUAUAGCAAUGUCUUAGAUUUCAAAAUUAAGGAUGCAUUGCAGUGUUUCACAUGACUUGGCAGUAGGUUAACCCUAAUUUUGUAGGAAUACCCUCCUUUUUUCUUGUCUACUCAAGGAUGGUUUGAUAUAACAUAGGAUUUGUAAAACACUGUAAGGCUUCCAUCAUGCUCUUGAUAGUUUAGUAAUCUGCGUAGAUACUUAUUGAUAAGAGAAUGCUUAGUUAUAAUUCUUAUAAAAAUAGCUUUAUGCAUUGUUUCUUAAGCAGUAAGAAAAUAUUGACAGACAAGUCCAUUUUGUACGUAUCUACAUAGGUAAAGAUCAUUGUGAUGUACUUAUAUUUUGUAAGCUUUGAAAUAGUCGAAAGGUGAAAAUUGGCUUUGCAAAAGCUUAGCCAUGUUCGGACCAAAAAAAAUCUAGCGAAAAGAAUAUUCUUAGUAUUUCAAGUCGUACACUGCUGGAAUAAAAGUGUAUAACAAGAGCUAUUUAUUGUCCACUUACAAUAAGACCAAACCCAGAGUAUCCCACAGAAACAUUGCUUAAUCUUUGUAUCGAUUUAACGUGUGUUAAUAGCAAACAUCUAUCCUUGAGAAACCUAUUCAUGUAUAAGAACAGCUUGGUAUUAACAUUCUUUUAAACCGCCAAGUGCAAUGCCCUCACUUCCACCAAUUCCUUAGUCUUUUGGACCAUUGGGGCACCACACAAGAUUGUCGACCGUCUUUCUACAUUCCACUCUGUCUUUUGCUUUGGAUAGAAUCUCUUUCAAUGGUAGGCCCGUCCAUUUUUUUUUUAUGUUGUCUUCCCAUCGCUUUCUUUGUCUGUCUCUUCUUCUUUUUCCUGGUACUGUUCCUUGAAGGAAGGUCUUUGCGAGCCCCCAAUACCUUGUAACAUAGUCAUGGAGUUUCAAUUUGCGUUUUUAUUUUUGCACAGUGGUUAGUAAGUCAAAGGCAGGGCCUUUCGCUGUAGUAAACCCUUCUCUAAUCCCUUCGUUUUUGAUGAGGCCAUUAAAUGUGAUACCUAGGAUCUUUCUGUAGCACCUCAAUUCCAUGGCUAGGAUCCUCCUAUCUAGUUCUGCAGUCAAGCAUAUCAAAAUGUGGCCAUGACCAAGGAGCACAUCAGUCUGAGUUUGGUGUAGAGAGCUAAGCUUUUGUCUUUCCAUAUUGUUCUGAGUUUUGCUGUUGCUAACUGUGCAAUACGGGCCUGUAGUUCAGUUAAGUUAGUUUAAGCUAAUUGUAUCUAUCUAUCUAUAUAAUUCUCUUCGUCGCUCAAGAGUUUGGACGAGAAGAAGAAGUAAAGGAAAGAUCACUUUUUUAUUUCUGCGGAUAGUAACCCCACGAAAAAACAAGAGGCGAGGGGGGAGAACAAGUAUUCACUGGUCACUACGGAUGGCUGCCUGGUCGUGCGGUUUGCGCGCUCGACUGUCCUUUUUGAUUUAUCAAACCCUUCUAGCUCCCAUCCCCCUUCGUCCUGCGUGAGGUUUGGACUAAUAAGUAAACUAUUGUCAACUCACUCUGAAGGAACAUCCGAAACAUGGAAAACAUUUUACUAACAAACAUUCUACAAACACUAAAUAGCAGUGCCGCACUUAACCAUUGUGACCAAGAAGUCAUGGAAAGAGAACAAUUAAUCUACUAUGUAUAUUAAAUAGCACUGCGGACUUAAUUGUGGGGCCCUAUGCUAAACGGAUUUCGCGGGGCCAAGUUUGGGUAGGGAAGCGGAUAAUAAGUAAAAUUUAAGAGUUUGUAUUAGAAAAUAAAUUCGUCUUUGCAUUUUAUUCAUUCUUUACUACGUACAGAAUUACUUUACGAGCCUAGCGUGUAGCAAAGUCAUACAAUAUAUCAUAAUAGUUCUGUUUCCUACAUAGAUCACGCUCCAUAGCAAGAAUCACCUAAUGUUUCAAUUUAUCUUUGAGAAUUGUUGACCUCAAGUAAUUCUUCAUUGAUUUGAGGCGCGAGAAGCUUCUUUCACCAGAUCACACCAUUACGGCUAAUGCAUAAUGUCGUUUUUAUUUAUCGCGCGUAGGAUUGGCGUUUCUCAUAUUUAAUGACACCCCAAAAUAAAAAUUUUUGUCUAUAUAUUUCCGUAUAUUUUAAGGACUUUUUCGUAUAUUUUGUAAUUGCGUAGGAUGCAGUGGACUAAGGCUGGCCCUGCAAAAAAGCGGCGUAUGCUACGUCGUAGGUCGACUAGUAUUUAAUUUUUAGUUCUACAUUAGACAUUUACUAUCGGGUCGCCAUGUUGAGGUCGUUAGAUCGUGAUACGAAAUCUCACUGACAUGUGUAUUUAAUAUAUAUAUAUAUAUCAUGGGCGU